AUGUAUUUACCUGUGUUCCCGGAACCGGAAGAGAGAAACGUGGAGGAGCAGGAAGAGAAGACGGAGGUUGAAGAGAAGAAGGAGGAAGAAGAGGAGACUUGGCCUUUCGCUCAUGAUGAGGCUGUUGCUUUUGCCAUGGCUAAGGCUUAUGCUGAGAUUAUCGUUAAGGCUGAGUCUGUGGAUGUGGAUGAGGAGGCGAAGGAGGAGGCUACAGCUUUCCUAGAGACUUUGGCUGAGAAUUUGGCUAAGGCUGACGAUGGGGAUAUCAAUGAGGAGGAGCAUUGGGCUAUGGCUAAGGCUUUUGCUAGGUUUGUCCUUAAGGCUGGGCCUGUUUUUGUGGACAAUGAGGUGAAGGAUUUGGCUCAAGCUUUCCUUGAUGUUCGAGAUAAAAAUUUGGCUAAAGCUGAGGAUGGGGAUGUAGUCGAAGAUGAAGAGGAGGAUGAAGAUGAGCAGGUUUGGGCUCUGGCUGAUGCUAAGGGUGUUGCUUCGGCUAAGGCUUGGGCUGAGUUUAUCAUUAAGGCGGAGUCUAUGAAUGUGGAUGACGAUGUGAAGGAGGCGGCUAAAGCUUUCCUUGAGACUUUGGCUGAGAAUUUAACUAAGGUUGAGGAUGGGGAUGUGGAUGAGGAUUGGAUUUUGGCUAACGCUUGGGCUGAGUUUGUGUUUAAGGCUGAACUUGUGGAUGUGGAUGAUGAGGUGAGGAAGUUGGCUCAAGCUUUACUUUAUGCUGGAGAUGAGAAUUUGGCUGAGGCUAGUGAUGAGGAUAUGGAUGUGGAGGAAGAGGAAGAGGAAGAGACUAAGGCUUCGGCUGAGAAUUGUAGUGAGAUUUUGGCUAAGGAUGACGAGCAGCUGGAGAAGGAGUUGAAGGAGCUGAAGGGGGAGUUGGCGGAAGAGUUGGAAGAGCUGGAGGAGGAGUUGGAGGAAAUGGGGGAGCAGUUGGAUGAGCUGGAGGAGGAGUUGGAGGAUGAGGAUGAGACUUGGGCUGAGGUAAAGGCUCAGCGGGAGGCUUUGGCUGAGCUUUUGGCUGAGGUUAAGGCUGUGGCUGAGGCUUUGGCUAAGGCUAAAGGUGAGAUACUGACCGUAAGAUGUUAUCCUGGACCGUCCCAAACAGUGGCUAAGCGUAAGCGAGAAGAGGAUGCUACAGCAACUCUUCCUGACGAGAAACGUUCGAGGCGAUGA